AUGGAAAGAGAAGCUGAUGGAGAGGACUGUGGAGGACCAGAACCAGCCAGGAACUCACAUCCACUUUUACAACCAGAGACUGAUGAUAGUGUUGAUAGCGAUUUCUGGAAGGAGAGCAGAAAACGUCCGACAUGUUUGAACUCUCUGGAAGAUGAGGAAGUUCCUGUCAGUGCUGACAAAGAAAAAGAUUCAAGAUGUAAGAAAACAUUCAGCUGCUCUGAGUGUGGGAAAAGAUUUGGCCGCAAGACACGCCUAAAUAGACACAUGAAAUGUCACACGGGAGAAAAACCUUUCAGCUGCUCAGUUUGUAAAAAAUCUUUUUCAGAGAAUGGAAGUUUACAGAAACACAUGCGAGUCCACACAGGAGAGAAACCAUUCAGCUGCUCAGUUUGUAAGAGACAUUUUGCAUGGAAAGGACAUUUUCAGAGUCACAUGAGAGUCCACACCGGAGAGAAACCUUACAGCUGCUCAUUCUGUGAUAAAGCUUUCCGUGAAAGUGGAAAUCUUAAGAGACACAUGGCCCUCCACACAGGAGAGAAAAAAUACGCCUGCAGUUUUUGUGACGAAAAAUUCACCUGGCCUCAACAGCUCAAAACCCAUCAGUGUAUUAAUCGACAUCUGCAACCAGAGACUGGAGACCAGACUGGAGACUCUUCUGAUCCUGAGACUGAUGACAGUGCUGAUUGGAAGGAGACCAGAGAACCUCAGUCAGCUUUAAACUCUCUGAAACAUGAUUCAAGAUGUAAGAAACCAUUCAGCUGCUCUGAGUGUGGGAAAAGAUUUGGCACCAACGCACAUCUGAAGAGACACAUGAUAACUCACACAGGAGAGAAAGCUUUUAGCUGCUCUGAUUGUGGGAGAAGAUUUGGCCGUAAGGCACAUCUGCAAGAACACAUGAUGACUCACACAGGGGAGAAACCAUUCAGCUGCUCAGUUUGUGGGAAAUCUUUUGUAUGGAGAGGACGUUUGUUGAAACACAUGAGCAUCCACACAGGCGAGAUCCCUUUUGGCUGCUCAUUUUGUGAUAAAAGAUGUUGGCACAAGUCGGAUCUGAAGAGACACAUGAUGACUCACACGGGAGAAAAACCUUUCAGCUGCUCAGAGUGUGGAAAAAGAUUCAUACAGAGGGCACAGCUGACACAACACGUUACGGUUCACACAGGGGAGAAAAAUUACAGCUGCAGUGUUUGCGAUAAAACAUUUGCCUGGGCUUCACAGAUCAAAAGACACAAAUGUGUCGGCCGUCAGUCGUCACAGCUUCGUCAAACUGAGGAGAACAGAGAGGCAGAGCCUACGGCCAGCAGAGACCCUGAGAGCUGCAUCUCAUAACACUUACCUGAUAGAUCCUCGACUCCUCGGUCCUCUGCUGAACCGCAAGUUGUUCCGUCCCUCCUCGGUGAGGGCCGUCUCAAAGCUCUUAUUUCUGCACAGAGGACCAAGGAGGGAUCGUCGAGGAGGGAUCGUCGAGGAGCUAUACGCAAGGAUCCAGAGAGCAGCCUUCCUGGAAGCCGUGCAGCUGAAGGAGUUGCUAACUCCGCCCAAACAGCUGACGUGUUCAUGUGACGCUUCAGAGGAAAGGAGGUCUCAUCUCCCUUUGCCUCUCUCCUCCCGAGAUUUCCCCGCGUCUCUUCCAUGCCUUCUUGGUGGGAGGGACUAAGACGCGAGGAUGGGAGACAAGUGGAGGACUCGAGGAGAGGCAAUUUAAGGGACAUGAGAAGCACCUUAUAUCCUUGACGUUCCACUUCCGAGAUUGCUCCGGUGCUGCAGGAAAUUCCGCCGGAUGCACGUA